AUGUUAGAUCUCUCAAACAACCAGCUUACUGGUGAAAUACCAAACUGGUUGGUGGAAAUCAAUGAUGGACUUCUCCGUUUUCUGAAUCUUUCUUUCAAUCAAUUUACGCGUCUUCAAGAACCAUAUACAAUUGGCUUUCUCAUGAAUUUCCUUGAUCUGCAUUCAAAUCUGCUCACUGGGGUUAUUCCAUUACCACCACGUGCAGCUGCUUAUAUUGACUUCUCAGACAAUAACUUUUCUACUUUUCCACCUGACUUUGGCAAUUAUCUAGUAACUGCUCGGUUCCUCUCAAUUGCAAACAACAAAGUUAUCGGUAGUAUCCCUUCUUCGAUAUGCAACUCCAGCUAUCUUGAAGUACUUGAGUUGUCAAACAACAGUUUGAAUGGCAUAAUACCACCAUGUUUAGCAGAAAAGAGCAGCACACUGAAAGUAUUGAACCUGGGAAACAACAAUCUCAUAGGAAAUAUACCUGAAAAGUUUUCUUAUAAUUGUGAGUUACAGAGCCUUGACCUCAGUCAGAAUCACUUAACAGGUGUGCUUCCUCGUUCUUUGUCCAACUGCACAAAGUUAAAGGUAUUAAAUAUUGGAAACAACAAGAUCAAGGAUACUUUCCCCUGCUGGUUGAGGAACAUGUCAGAUCUUCGUGUACUUGUAUUACGCUUCAAUGGUUUCCAUGGGAACAUUAAUUGCUCAGGUGUGAAUUCCAACUGGACCGCACUUCAAAUCAUGGACCUAGCUUCCAACAAUUUAGGGGGUGUUCUUCCCAGAGGUUCAUUCUUGGAGCUAAAAGCAAUGAUGGCUGACCCAUCUUUAACACAUUUACGCUCUGAUAUCUUGCAUUUUGAGUCUUCUAUUAGGCCAAUAUAUUAUCAGGACAGAGUCACUCUUUCUCUUAAAGGACAAGAUGUUACACAAACAAAGAUCUUUCUCUUCUUCACCUCCAUUGACUUUUCAAGCAACAAUUUUGUGGGGAACAUACCAGAGAUAGUUGGAGAUCUCAGAUCACUUUAUCUUCUCAAUAUUUCACACAACAAUCUCACGGGUCAAAUACCUCCAGCAAUUGGAAAUUUGAAGCAAUUAGAAUCGCUGGACCUCUCAUUCAACAAGUUAGGUGGCAAUAUCCCAGAAAAGCUUGCUAGCCUCACAUUUCUUUCCUUCUUAAAUUUAUCAUCUAAUGAAUUGGUCGGAAUGAUUCCACGAGGCAACCAAAUUCAAACAUUUGGAGAAAGUUCUUUUGAAGGAAACAAGGGGAUAUGUGGGUUUCCGCUGAACAGAACUUGCAAGAAUAAUUCAGCAGAUGCACCUUCUGAGCCAGAAGUUGAAGAGGAAGAAUUCAUUUCAAUGACGGAGAUUUAUGUAAGUGCUAUGUUGGGAUUUGUUGUUGGUAUUGGGAUCAUCUUCCUACCACUUCUGUUCUCAAAAAGAUGGAACCAGUCGUACAACAGAAUAAUUAACAGAUUAGUUUUAAGGAUAUUUCAGCAGCAAGAUCAAGAAAGGAAAACUAGUAGCAGUAGUGUAGCAUCUUGGAAAAAGGCAGCAGGGAAAUCAAGAGGCAGCCAUUAA